AUGGCUUCCGAGGUUUCUGUGCUGACGGUGCAGCUCCCUGCUGAGCCUCCGUCGAAACCGCUUGAUACCCGACAGUUUACCAAACUGCGAUUCCCAUCAUCCAUCCCGCAACAGCAGCAUCACCAGCAUCACCAGCAUCACCAGCAUCACCUACGACAGGACAACCAGCGUCGGAAUGACUACCUGAGGCCGUCAGGCCUCCCUCGAGGAGACCAUGGCCCUAACGUGCCACGAGUGCGCAGCCGCGAGAAACUUCUGCCAACUCCUCCCGGUACUCCGACCCAGCGAUACUACCGCCCUCGCCAACAACAUGUUCAACCUCCUCCCGCACCCGCCGCCCUCCCUCCCUCCUCCUCUCCUUCUGCUCCUCGGCCAAUAAGCCAUUCCUCAAUCGGAUCACAGUACUCGGACUCGAACCAGCAGCGCGAGAACUCCUCGGCCUCCAGCUCUCCCCUCUCACGCACCCCCGUAUCGGCAUCUGAGCUGGAUCGCCCGGCAGAUACGUCGAUGAAACUCGCGGACCGGCCGAAAAGCGGCUGCUCGGCGCAUUCGUCCGGCCCGCCCAAGAAGGUGGAAUACAUCACUCCGCCGCUCAACAAUUCGCAUUUCUCCUGCUACCAGUAUCACACCACCUUCGUACGGAGUAGCAAUGCCUUGUACCCGUUGACUUGCAUGACCUGUCUCAAGGCCGACCAGGAAGUACGAUGGCGCUGCGUCUUCUGCUGUCUGCGAAUCUGCAGCGACUGCGUCAAGGGCAUCAAGUCCUGCAAGGACCGCUCCCUCAUCGAAUUCAUGGAGAAGCUGGUCAUGGACCUUGAAGCUGCCGGUGCCGCUGAGUCGGAGAAGGCUGACUCUGAAAAGGCAGUCUCUGAAAUGGCAGUCUCUGAAAAGGCAGUCUCUGAAAAGGCAGUCUCUGAAAAGGCAGUCUCUGAAAAGGCAGUCUCGGAGGUGUCGGAGCCAGGGGAUAUAUCAAACCCUCUCCAGGCUUAA